CUGCUCCUCAUCCCGACCGUCCACCGAUCCCAACGCUUCCUCCGUCGCGUGCCGCGGCGGGUGGCACGGUCGAUGGAGUCGCCGCUGACGCGCUUGGGGUCGCAAGACCAGCUGGGCUCCGACCGCCCGGACUCGCCCACUUAUUCGGACAAAGAUGCCGAGGAGGAGGAGGAAGGCGCCGAAGCGGAGGCACGUCGGAACAAGAGGAAUGCCCGGAUGACCCGCACCACGACUUUGGACAAUGCGGAGAUGGAAGCCAUGAUGUUGCAAGAGGAGUUGGAGGAGAUGGAAGCUGAGCGUGCUGCCAAGGAGAGACACCUCCAAAUGUCGCAGAAGGCGGUGCCCUGGGUGGAGACCCAGUUCUUUGCCAUGUUGAUGGCUGCAGUGGUCUUAGCCAACUCCGUGGUCAUCGGAUUCGGCUGCAGCGGGUCACGAUGGAAUCAGUGCCGGGUCACUGCAGCUGCGAUGGAAAGAUAUUCCACCAUCCAAUGGGUGUUCAAUGGACCACCCUACAUUACUUAGGGAUCUCUAUUGGACACCCGUUGGAUGAUCCAGGUUGGUUUGUGCCGUGCUCAUCCCAAUUUCAGCCGCUGCAGGCAGGCCACGGGGUCAAGCCUGAUCCCCACAGUGGUCGUUAGUGUGUCACCCAGCCCGAACCGACCACUGAACAGGGGAUUCGCCUUCAACGGGUGGGAACCCAAUGUAAGAUGGAUUCCUUGGAGAAGGAGAACCUUGAGCAGAUGGCCAACCCCGAGGAUGCUGGUCCAAAGAAGUAUGUCACCGUUGAGCUCAACAUCACUGAUUUAGCAUUCAGGUGGUUGUCCAUGGGAAGCCGUCUUCAUUUCAACCGCGAAGGCCAAUUAUUGCAGAUAUAUGGUCCAUGUAGCUGCAAUUGGCCUUGUAUAGUGCUCUCUUUAAUGAGGCGAGGGAUGCCGACAGGCGCCUUGGGAGGCUGAUCCUGAAUGGAUGGAUCAAGUUCUCAUCGUUGGAGACACAGGUGGGCAGUUUUUUUUGGAAAUUCAUUGAUCUUAGAC